AUGAAAAGGAGUUUAGCUGACACACCGGCUCGGAGCACAGCAGGUUGUCUGCCUGUACCGCUGUUCAAUCAGAAAAAAAGAACUAGACAGCCCCUCACUUCAAAUCCACUUAGAAAUGAACCAGACACUGGUUCUGGGACUCGUAGUUAUGACUCCUCUCCCUCAUCAUUCGGCUGGGGAACUGCAAACCCAGAAGUGGAUGAACUGCAGAAAGCAGCAAACAGUGGCCAAGCAGAACAUCCGAUGGCUCCUUCCCUUAUGAAACCACCAAAUGCAUCAAAGUUUCAUUUAGCAAAUGCUGGAAAAAACGUGUCUGCCUGCAGGAACAGAAGUGAAUAUACUCCUUUAGGUAAAACAGCAAAUUCAAGAUCUGAUAAUGGAACUUCUCAGAAGUUUGAGAACUUUCCAAGCAGUUUGAAAACUGUCCAGCAGCAAAACCACCCUGACAGUCGUAACCCAUCCCAGCUCAUCAAAACAGACACAGCCAAAGGAAAGUGGCCAGUGAAACCCAACACUGUGGCAAGAAAUCUGCAGGAUCAGAGUCCAGCAUAUAAAUUUAACUACAAAACUCAGCAAAAUAAAAUGAAUGAAAACCAGUUUGGCUGUGUCCCAGAAGAUAAAAGUCAGGAAAUUUCAUCAUCUCAAGUGAAAACUAAAAUUAAAAAGAAUUCUUUGCGAAUCCUGUCUGCAGUCAUUCAGAGUGUGAGGCACUGGAGCCAGUAUGCCUAUAAAACUGCACUGCUGUUUGAAGUUUUAGGCACACUGGAUUCUGCAGUCACACCUGGAGCGUAUGGAGCAAAGAACUUUCUUCUGAGAGAUGGAAAGGAGACCAUGCCUUGUGUGUUUUAUGAAAUUGACCGUGAGCUUCCACGACUCAUUAGAGGUCGAGUGCACAGGUGCAUGGGAACCUAUGAUGCAAAAAAGAACAUUUUCAAGUGCGUCUCUGUAAGACCAGCAACUGCUCAAGAACAGAACACUUUCCAAGACUUUGUUAAAGUUGCAGAUGUUGAGAUGACAGCAUAUGUAAAAACUAUGAAUGAAAUGUAA